CAAGGUACCCACCACAAUCGUUUAUUGAACUAGUUCAUGUUAACAUUUAAUCUCUGGUGCUUCACCACGUUAAUCAAGUAUUUUUCAGUAUUUCUAGAUAAAAAAUCGGGUUCAAAAAAUUAGUCGUGUUUAAUAAGGUUUGUGGUAGUACCCAAUUGAAAAUUUAUCUGUGAUUUAUAGUGUGUCAAAUAAGUUAAUUGGAGCAACAUGGGCAGCAGUCAAUCCGCUUUGAAUUUUGGUGCUGGGCCUGCCAAAUUACCCAGAGAGGUUCUCCAAGAAGUCCAAGGAGAAUUGUUAUCCUAUCAAAACAGUGGCAUGAGCUUAAUGGAAAUGAGUCACAGGUCCAAGGAAUAUGCUGCUAUUAACAAAAGUACCCAAGACACAAUAAGAGAACUAUUAAAUGUUCCAGACAAUUACAAAAUCAUCCUAAUCCAAGGUGGCGGUAUGGGAGGUUUCGCGGCUGUGGCUAUGAAUUUCCUAAACAGAACCGGAACCGCGGAUUACGCUGUAACCGGAACUUGGUCGGGAAAAGCCGCAAAAGAAGCGGAGAAAUAUGGUACCGUUAAUCUGGUAUUCCCAAAGGCUGACAAACCCGGAAGUAUUCCUGAUCAGAGCACUUGGACCCUUAAUCCUAACGCAUCGUAUUUUUACUACUGUGAUAAUGAAACUGUUGAUGGUGUUGAAUUUCCCUAUAUUCCUGAAACAAACGGUGUUCCACUUGUAGUAGACAUGUCCUCAAACAUAAUGACUAGAAAGUUUGAUGUGUCAAAGUUCGGAUGUAUAUUCGGUGGCGCUCAAAAGAAUAUAGGGCCAGCUGGAGCGGUAGUAGUUAUAGUGAGAGAAGACUUGUUAGGAAACCCAAUGAAGAUUUGUCCUUCAGUAUUUAACUUUACCCAAGUCGCUAAAGAAAACUCAGUUCUCAAUACUCCAGCCACUUUCUCGGUAUACGUAACAGAAAAGGUACUAAGAUGGAUCAAACUAAACGGUGGUGUAGAAAACAUGGAAAAACAAUCGGCCCUUAAAAGUGGUUUUCUCUACGAUACCAUCAAAAACUCGAAUAACUUCUACAGUUGCCCCAUCGAUGAAAAUUGCAGAAGCCGAAUCAAUAUUCCUUUCAGGGUGGGAGGACCUCAAGGAAACGAAGAUUUGGAAGCUAAAUUUUUAGAGGAAGCUGAAAAGAGGUUUAUGUACCAGCUGAAAGGACACAGAUCAGUAGGUGGAAUUAGAGCUUCACUAUACAACGCUACUACUUAUGACGAUGUGAAACUCCUUGUAAAAUUCAUGAAAGAAUUUCAAGAAUUACAUCAGUCUUAAGAGUAUAGGCUAUAGGAUAGUUUUUAAUUUAUUUUUCUUUGCCUUAAUUUGAUGUGAGAAAUGUAUUUUAUUUGUAUAUAUUAAGCUAUAUACUCGUAUUUCUUGUCAGAAAUUUCCAUUAUUAUAAUCAAGCUGUUAAUUAUUAGUUAGUCUGUGACUGCUUCAUAUCAAUUUAAAAUGUAAAUAGGUUUGAAUGUGUUUAAUGUUGAAUGGGAGGAGUCUAUAUAAAUGUUUAGUUUCAUUUAAUAAAAUUAUUAAAAAAUAAA